GUAGGUGCAGGCAAACAAAAAACAAUGAUGGGCGAGGAGAGAAAACACUGAAGAAAUUCUAUCAAACAAUGAGCGUCUUCUCCAUUUCUCCGCAUACAUAGUAUUUCGAGAUUAGUGCAGUUUGUGGACUAGGUUUUGAACAGGGUGCCCUUGCAGUGAAAAUCAUGAUCAAUCUCUCCCCGCCAAGGGGAUCGAGUCUAGUCUGUAGUGCACUUGGCAUAUUUCUAACAUAUUCCGGCAUUGAUUCUACCGUCUGUGCCGCGUCUGCAGGUCCACAACCCUUCCCCCAUUCUACUAGCAAGCAGUAGACUCGACAAGAGUCACGAUAGGUAUAUGACGGCCAAGUUGUACUAUUCCAGUUAAAGCAGUAGUUCAAGAAUAACGCACGAUCACCACUAGGUAGUUAUCUAUACUCGUUUGGAACAGCUGCUUACUUUUUCAAACUAGAGGUAACCCUCAUUCAUGUAUACUAAUAUCGGUAUCCUUUCUGUUGGGUCCUUCUGUUUCACUUUCUCAUAAUCUUGCGCCAAAAUGUCCUAUAUGUCGUUUGACAAGUAACUCAUCGGGAACUCCUUCGAAUUGUUAAGAAGAUACUGCAUCAAUUCGACAUAGAGCCUGAGUCCGGUCUUCUUCCAGUUUCACAUCACUUAUUCGAACAUGCCUGGCUUUCUCGUUUCGCCCAAUUAUGUUGCACCACAGGCGACUGUAAACGACCUGGUCGUCGCAUCUACAGUAUGGGGAUUUUCUCUGGCCGUUUCGCUUUUCACUGCUUCCAAGGCACGCAAGCAGACAUGGAGAUCCUGGAGGCGGACGGGUCGUGCCACUCCCUACAUCAUCAUGGUUUGGGGAGAGUGGUUAGCGAGUACAAUUCUCGGUAUAAUAUCAUGGCUCUUCUUAUAUGAUGUUAUCGAACCCUCGUUCCAGUUCUUCUUCUCUAUUAUAACGAUAUGGGUCUUUCAAUUGCAAUGCAUUAUGCAGAUUCUCGUCAACCGGAUCGCCCUGGUGACUAGAGACCAGAGGAAAAUGAACAGGCUGAAAUGGAGCGUUGCCGGGGCACUCCUUCUCUUGAAUAUCAGCGUCUAUGUGAUUUGGAUCCCGGCACGCCUACAGAUAUCACCGACUUGGAUACAUAUCAAUGAUGUAUGGGAUCGAAUAGAGAAAGGGUUGUUUGCAGUUAUCGAUCUAGGCCUGAGCUCAUAUUUCGCUUACCAAGUACGGGCGAAAUUAAUCGCGAAUGGUCUCGUCAAGUAUAACCGGCUCUUCCGAUACAAUCUUGUCAUGAUCAUUUUUUCACUAUCACUGGAUAUUGUUCUUAUUGUCGUUGUACCUCUUGGGAAUGGUUUCGUCUACCUAGUGUUUCACCCCCUUGUGUACCUUCUGAAGCUACACAUCGAACUCAAUCUUACAGACCUUCUUGCUAAGAUCGUAAGAGUCGCCGAGGGUAACUCUACUCACUCAGAAGGAUCGAAGCGGAGGACUGGUAAAUCCGGCACCGAUGCCCAGACCGGCGGGACCAGGAUGGCGACACUCAUUACGGCCAAUCGUGAUCGUCCAGAGAGUGACGAUUUGAAAAAGGGCAUACAUAAGACGGUAGAGACGGAGAUCCGGUACACGAAAGAGGACAGCGACGCUGCUAGUGGGACAGGCUCUACGAACCAACUUUUCGAACGCAGUCCUUAUUAACCCGAUUUCAUUACGUUAAUACACCACAUCUGGAGCGGUUAUUGAUUUCAGCGAGGAAAAAUAUGUCAAAGAGUUGUUCACUUCAAAAGACGAAUUGUCAGAAUAUUAGAAGGAACCCAAACGUUGGAUCUAACUUGAAUUCCUCUAAUCCUAAUUUAUUCUUGUAUAUAUUUCAUGGAGUUCCUGUUAGCACUGAAGUAUCUAUAGCAUUCUCCAGUCCCACAGAGUCAGAACUUAAUAGAUCUUUUUUCCAGAUAAAA